GAAACCGUCAAGAUGGCACCGCAAGAGAAAGAAAAGAUCCCAGCUGCUAACGGCGCGCCACCACGUGACCGGCUGCUGACGUGGGCUGACGUCCGUUCCCAUGACAACAAGGACGACAUGUGGUUCGUCAUCGACGACCUGGUCUAUGACGUCACGCACUGGGCCAAACGUCACCCGGGAGGAGCCAAAAUCCUACGUCACUAUGCCGGGCAGGAUGCAUCCGAGGCGUGGCUGUCCUUCCAUAACGACAAGGCCCUGGUGCAGAAGUACAUGAAGCCGCUGUGCAUCGGGAGGCUAGACGACGGAGGUCCGCAAGCCACGGAUCAGAUCAAGAAGGACUUCCGUGAGCUCAGAGAGACCGUGGACAAAAUGGGAUUGUUCAAGCCCAGCUACACGUUCUUCGGCGUACAUCUGGCACACAUCGUCCUGCUAGACGUGUUGGCGUACUUCAUCAUCUCUCAGUACGGAGCAGGAUGGGUGCCGGUCGUGCUGGCCAGCAUUGCUCUGGCCAUAUCACAGACCCAGGCAGGCUGGCUGCAGCACGACUUUGGACACUUGUCUGUCUUCAAGACAAAGUGGAUGGACAACUUAGCUCACCAGGUCGUCAUCGGGCUCUUGAAGGGAGCGUCCUCGGCCUGGUGGAAGAACCAACACUACCAACAUCACGCCAAGCCGAACGUGAUCCACAAGGACCCGGACAUUCGCGUGGAGGCUGUGUUCGUGGUUGGUGACGUCAUGCCUGUGCAGGUAGCGAAGAAGAACAAGAACGGCCCGCCGUACAACCUGCAACAUCUCUACUAUAUGAUUCUGACGGUGGCGCUGGUGCCUGUCUACUACCACAUCAUGGUGUACCGCUUCAUCUUUACACGGCAGAAGUGGCAUGAGGCAGUGUUGGCUGUGUUGUUCCCUGCCAUCUUCGUCACGUCUUUCUACCCACACGUGGGACUGGGCAAAACCAUCGCCAUGUAUUUGAUGAUGAGGGCCAUAGAGAGCCAGUGGUUCACCUGGGCCACUCAGAUGAGCCACAUCCCCAUGGAGAUAGACACGGACAAGGACAAGGCCUGGGUUACCAUGCAGAUGCACGCUACCUGCAACGUUGAGAAGAGUCACUUCAACGACUGGUUCACCGGACAUCUCAACUUCCAAAUCGAGCAUCAUCUGUUCCCGACUAUGCCACGUCACAACCUGUACAAGGCCACCCCUCUGGUCAAGUCGCUCUGUCAGAAGCACGGCCUGGAUUACACGGUAAAGUCGCUAGGGGACGCCUUCAUCGAUAUCUUGAGGAGUCUGAAGAAGUCCGGACAACUUUGGCAAGAAACUCAUUCCCACACCUGGCUCCACGGUUAGAGAGUGUCUUCAGGGGAUAUCUGUUUGUAACUCUACUGUUACCUUCUACUCUUACAAACAGAUAACCGCAAGGCUACAUAUAACACGUUUUGUACGAAGAAAACACCGUUUACAGCUUUGAAGACAUCUACACAUAUUUAAUUAUUACUAUUAGCACGAAGUAGCCGUUACGUUUGGCUACCAAAUAUCUAUUGGUAUUGGUUAUGGGGUAAGAAAAACAAGGGGAUAAGUAGUUGGACUUAGAAAAUAUGAAGUAGCAAAAUAGUGAAAGGCAUCAUCAACUAUUAAUAGGUUGUAUAAUUCCUUCCUUAACAUGUACAUGAUGGUGCAUCUAUCGUUUUCUCUACGCCAAAGUGUGACUGCGUGUGUUGCAGAAUUGUACAUUGCAAGGCUGUGAUUGGUUAAAUAUCCCAGUAAAUGUCCAGUAAUAGACAGUAAAUGGACAGUAAUGGCCUGAUUGGUCAAACAAGACAUUGGUUAAAACGCCAACAGUAAAUAGAGGCAUCAGUACUUACCAGUAAUGCUUCAGUAAAACAGUAAAAGACGAUUUACUGAAGAUUUACUGAAAUUUUACUGUUAGUAGUUGAUCAGUACUUAACAGUGAAUUUUUAGUACUGAUGGUUUGCCAAGGGUUAGUACAAUAUCGCAAUCAUGAACCAUAAACAAGCGUCCAUAAGACCUUGUUAUUAACUAAUAUAUAAUCAAGACCUAAUGAAUUGAGGUGCAUUAUGGAAAAGAUUUCAUAUUAUGGAAAGUAUUUCAUAUUCUCUACGAGAAUACGAGAAUUCAUAUUCUCUACGAUAUGUUUGGUGGAAUUAAGGAAGUUACAUACAAUCAAGGGCUAUUGAGAAGUA